CCCGGACGCGCCUUAUGGAAUCAACAAGGCAAAACAAGAUCUUCCACAGUUGGUCUACAGUUUACUAGUGACAACGCCUGUCGACGCGUUGUUAUCUCAUACUACAUAGCAUUCAGCUUAAGGCAGCCCACAAGUUGUCACAAUCAGAAUGGCGCUCCUUUCAGACCGUCAAAAAGAAGAAUUACAUAAAUCCAUGCUAGAGUACCUGCAUACGAGCAAUUUCACAGCAGCGUACAAUGCGCUAAAGGAGGACACUGGGGUGGAGUAUACACCGGAUCCUAAGGCCAAGUAUGCGGGUCUUUUGGAGAAGAAAUGGACCAGUGUUAUACGGCUACAGAAGAAGAUCAUGGAUCUCGAGACCCGAAAUGCAUCCCUUCAAGAAGAACUAUCCAUUGCUCCAUCGAAACGUGCCGCCAUGCAAGCAGACUGGGUGCCCCGCGCCCCCGCUGCACACGUGUUGACAGGCCACAGAGGUCACAUCACACGCGUCGCUUUCCAUCCACAGUACUCGAUAUUAGCCUCUGCAAGUGAGGAUGCAACAGUGAAGAUAUGGGACUGGGAAACGGGCGAGUUCGAACGGACAUUGAAGGGACACCAUCGUGCCGUCCAUGAUGUCGAUUUUGACCACAAGGGACACUUACUCGUGACAUGUUCGUCUGACCUAUUUAUCAAGAUAUGGGACUCUGAAAAUGAGUGGAAGAACACAAAGACACUAUCAGGGCAUGAUCACUCUGUCUCGUCAGUGCGAUUCAUGCCAGGAGAUCAAUAUAUCGUCAGUGCAAGUCGAGACAGCACGAUUCGCGUUUUCGAUGUUGCAUCAACACAUCUAGUACGAACGAUCUCCGGUCAUUCAGAAUGGGUGCGUUGCGCGGUUCCCUCAGAUGACGGUCGGCUGCUUGCAAGCGCGUCAAAAGACAAGGUUUGUUUUGCACCUGUGGCUGCAUACACCGCCAUUCGCGAGCUUGCGGGCCUGCCAAAUGUGGGUCCCAAGGGUCCCGGUGCUUAUGUCGCUACUGGAUCCCGAGACAAGAAUAUCAAGCUUUGGGACGUCCAGAGCGGACAGAUGAUUAAGAACCUUGCUGGACAUGACAACUGGGUGCGCGCACUCGUCUUCCAUCCCUCCGGCAAGCUCCUCUUGUCUGCGGCGGAUGACAAGACAAUACGUGUGUGGGAGCUGUCCACAGGGCGGUGCAUGAAAACCGUUGAGGCACACUCGCACUUUGUAGCAACGCUUGCAUGGGGUCGGCAGAAGGUUUCCACGGCGGCGAAAUCGAACGGCACGGAUGCGAAGGCUGGCGAGCUGGAAAAGCUUGUGAACGUAGUCGCGUCUGCUGGCGUUGACCAGACGAUCAAGAUAUGGCUUCCAUGAUACAUUCACCCAGAGAUCUUGAGCUACGCUUUGAAUGGCAGUAUAUGCGCUUUCGUCGUUGAUUCCUAUCCUCUGCGAGACCUUGCUUGGCUACUAGACAUAACACAUAGUACGACUCUCCUUACGACAUAUCCCUCACGAUCAUUUAUUCACGGACUUUCUUCUUUCGGCUCAAGAUUCGGUUCCUUCAACAUACCCAUAUUACUCCUAUAUAUUGACCUUGUAAAAGCUAUACAAGAUAAAUUCAGGAUCUUCGCAAACGGGAC